AUGCAUAAGAAGCGAUGUAACUUGGACAGACUUGGCAGAGCUGUAAAAGUCCGUGCUGCUUUCUCCGUCUCGGCCUGUCAGCAAGUUUCCAUCACGACACGACCAACUCCCACACUUGCCGCAGCUGCUUUUGUUUUGAAUGGAAGCCCCAAGGACACCUGCAGCCCAGGUACAGCCGGGGGUGGUCUGGCGCAGGUAGGCGGGCCGGAGGCCGGCACGGCGGGAGGAGCAGCUCCGCGCCUCUGCCGCGGCCUCCCACGCGUGCCCCCCAUCCCGGAGCUCCGGGCGCGUCCCCCUCCGGCCGCCGGGACUCUCUCGGCCGCCACCAACUUCAACGCGGCACAAGCGCUGGAGUCCGCAUGGCUCCGUAAACACGGGCGGGCUCAAAGGGGCGGCGGGGCCGGGCCGGGCGCCGCCGCAGGGGGGCCCCCCGGCGCUGUGCCCGGCGGCCCCGCGCCCGCUGCCGCCCCCGCGGGGACCCCGGUGGUGCGGGGGGCCGCUCCCGGGGUCCCGCGGCCGGUGGCGCCCAAGGGGCCGGCCACGGCCAGCCUCCAGUUGCCGGCCAACUUGCAGCUGCCCCCAGGAACUGUUCUUAUCAGAAGCAGUAAUGGCCACCUAAUGCUGGUAUCUCAACAGGCAAUAGCAGGAGCACAGAACCAGACACAAAACAACACAAGUGUGAGACCAUCUGUGCCAACCAGCACACCUGCAAUUAGAAUAUGUGCUGUGCAGAAUUCUGGCACACAGUUAGUAAAGAAAAUAGCAGCUGCUCCUGUGAAAACGUUAUCUCAAACUACAAAUGCUGUGGUUUCUACUGUUCAGACACCUGCUGUAAUACAGCCAGCAGCUGCAACAGCUAGUGUUACUACAGUUACUGCUGUAAAGCCUUUGAGUACUGGAACACCUGUAAAACUUCCAGUUACAGGACCACCUGCACGAGCUAUCUCCCAAAAGGCAGUCUCUGUGAAAGCAGAGGGCACAACAGUAGCACAGACCAGCGCUUCUACAGAGAUGCUAGAGAAUGUGAAGAAAUGCAAGAAUUUUCUUGCUACGCUAAUAAAAUUGGCGUCUAGUGGACCUCAAGCCCCUGAGAUGGGGCAGAAUGUGAAGAAUCUGGUGCAAAAUCUACUGGAAGCAAAAAUUGAACCAGAAGAAUUUACAAAAAAGCUGUACAUAGAACUUAAGUCAUCUCCACAACCCUAUUUAGUUCCUUUUCUCAAGAAAAGCAUGCUUGCCUUACGGCAACUAAUGCCUAAUCCUCAGAGCUUUAUCCAGCAGUGUAUGGAGCAGCCAGCUCCAACCCAAGAAGUGGUUUCAACUUGUACCUCUGCAGUGCCGGCUCCUUCAACAGCAGCGGCCACCUCGGCUGUAGCAACAACCGCUCUUCCAGUUGUAAAACCCGUGCCUGCCUCUGUAGCAGGCACAGCCCCUCUGGUUAUCACACCAGUCCUUGCCAGCACAUCGGCAGCAGCUUCUCUGCAGGCCGUGAAGGCUGUUCCUUCCCCUGCAGUGGGGACAGCAUCGCUCAGGCACGCAGCUUCCGUCCUCACCACGACCGUGGCAUCAUCCGGGCUCACUGCUGUCCAACCUGGCAAGCUGGUCUUCACCUCUACGGUGCCAACGCCCUCUCUGCCGUCUGCAAAGCCAGUGCUGGUCUCUACGGUGGCAUCUUCAGCAGCAACCCCUCUCCAGCCUCUGAAACCAGUCAUUGGAACCCCAAUUGGUCUUAAAAUCUCGCAGCCCAAGUGCGUCGGUGCGCAGUCAGUCGGUGCUCAGCAGGUGGUUAAAGUGAAACAGCUGGUAGUCCAGCAACCAUCGGGAACCAUUGUCAAACAAGUAUCCACGCUCCCCCAGCCCUCAGUGCUCACCCUACAGACACCUGCUGAGAGGAAGAUGCCGCUGAAUACACUUGUUCAAACCAACCAGUUUCCUGCAGGUUCCAUUCUGAAGCAAAUUACUUUGCCAAGAAAUAAAAUACUGUCGCUUCAAGCAUCUCCCGUUCAGAAAGUGAAAAUUAAAGAGAAUGGAGCAACAUCCUUCAGAGAUGAAGAUGACCUAAAUGAUGUGACUUCUAUGGCUGGGGUUAAUCUCAGUGAGGAGAAUGCCUGCAUUUUGGCAGCAAACUCUGAGCUCAUUGGUACAGUGAUUCACUCUUGCUCAGAUGAACCAUUUCUGUCUUCGGAAGCUCUUCAGACUAAGAUCUUGAACAUAGGUAAAAGGCAUGACAUUAUGGAACUUAACUCUGAUGUUGUGAACUUGAUCUCCCACGCUACACAGCAGAGAUUACGAAGGCUCCUGGAAAAACUAACUGUAAUUGCUCGGCACAGAGUAUCAACCCACAAGGGGAGUGAUAAGUACAUCGUAUGCAGUGACACCAGAGCACAACUGAGGUUUCUUGAGAAGCUUGAUCACCUAGAAAAGCAGAGAAAAGAUGAAGAGGAACGUGAAAUGUUGCUUCGAGCAGCCAAGAGCCGUUCCAAUAAAGAAGAUCCAGAGCAACUGCGGUUAAAGCAGAAAGCGAAAGAGAUGCAACAGUUGGAAUUAGCACAGAUGCAACAAAGAGAAGCCAACCUCACAGCUUUGGCAGCCAUUGGACCAAGGAAGAAGAGACCAUUGGAUUCAUCAAAUGUUGGAUCUGGGCUCGAGGGUUUGAACAGCAAUGGAAUUGCUGGAUCAUCAGGUUUUAGCCUUACGAAGCAGAUGCUGUCUCCAAGAGUAACCCGUGUCUGUCUCAGGGACUUGAUAUUCUGCAUGGAACAAGAGAGGGAGAUGAAGCAUUCUCUUCACUUGUACCGUGCUCUUUUGAAGUGAUGUGAAUCGUGCAUUUCACCGUGCUGUCUACUGCCAAAGAAAACACUGAAGCAUUGUUGCACUGUCCUGAAAUUCCAGUUUCUGGAAAAUGAUCCGUUGUAAGGAUAACUCUUGUUUACAGAUAAACAUUUUUAUUAAAUACCUAAUUUAGCACCUGUAAGGUUUUUAAUAAUACUUGGCUUAAAUCAGUCUGUAAACCAGUGAAAACACUGAGCUGCACACGUAAGCACCUAUCUGCUUGCAUUUAACUGUCUUACAAGCUCUGAGGGCUUGGUAAGUGUCCCUAGUUUAUGUAUGUCACUUGCUUAAGUACUCCAGAGUCUGCAACAUCUGUUCUAUGUGUAGUGCCACUUCCAACCCAAUCUUAUUUUGGGAAACAAAUAUCACUAUAAUGGCACAGCAUAGCAUGGCAACUGUAUUUAAUCAUGAACCAGCAGUCAGUAAACAUGCUAAUGUAUUGCCUGUCUGACUCAACAUCAUCUUAAAUUUUCUGGGUUUAGAAUUACUACUUGAUGCUUAUUUGUGGAGAUAAAAGUAGCAAGCAAAAGGAAUGAGGGGUCCUUUCUACCCUACACUUUGCCUCAACUGCCCUCAGCCUUUCCUCUGAGAAAGUGACUGAGGGAAGGAGGACAAAUCAGUCAUUCUUGUGAUUGAAGUACAUCACAGAGUGUAGUUAGGGCAUACUUGGAUGGUCAUGGAAAAUUUGGAGUUACUAAAAAUACAAGGAGUAAAAGAUCCUAAAAAGGGAGAGGGAACAGAAGAAACAGUUUAUCUUUCUGUGGAUACAAAAAAUAGCAUUGAACUUGCCUAGAUGUGGAAAGAUAUUAACAAAACCUGUUCUGACUACAAAAAAGGGAAAAGUUGAGAUGCAUUGGAACUCUGGAGUGAAGACUCUCUUGGAGAUGAGCAGUUUUUGCAAAGCACAGGAUUCACUGCUUUAGAAUAUUGUUUUAAUACUUUAAUGUAGUGUAACAGGGAAGUGUCUCAAAAAGAAAGUACUUAGACGGUUGCUUUGUUUCCAUUCAGUGAGGAGGAGGACUCUGGAUUGUACAGACUGUUAGAACAGAUUCAAAGAUUGUCUACUUGCUGGUAAAGACUGCCUUGUGGUAGAAGGAAAACCCUCUGGGUCACCCUUCUCCUCAGCCUCCAAACAUGAUGCCUUCCAUGACACAGUGCUGUAUAGCAUGGCUGUUUCCCAGGACUGGUGGGAAAGGCACUGAACUGCAUUCACAGAAUCACAAAAUAUCCUGAGUUGGAAGGGACCCCCAAGGAUCAUCAAGCCCAACUCUUAAGUGAAUGGCCUGCACAGGGAUUGAACACAGAACAUUACCAUACUCUAACCAACUAUUGAAUGGCUUCCUGCUGAAUUUUUUUUCUUUGGAAGAACAAGCUUCCUAUGGUUACUUGGCAUGCUGCUUCAAAACUUGAAGCAACUAUUCACACAGCUAUUCUGCACUAUCAGAACCAUUGCAGAUGGUUCCCAAAUUCAUAAAGUUGUGAAUCAGUUAUGUUGGUUUUUGUUGGAACAGUAGUAAACAAAUCUAGUAAAUGAAUGCUGUAAAUUGUUUAUAUAUGUAUAUAUAGCAUAUAUAUAUAUAUAUAAAAGAAAAGCAGUACUUUAACUAAACUAUAGUUUGCAAGAUAUUGAUGGCAUCGGGCAAAAUUGUUUUGUAUAAUUAAAUGCUUAGCUUUACUUUUUAUGUAAAGUGCAGCAUUUUCCAUAUUUGUGUACUGUUAUCUUAUUGAUCAGAUGUUAAAAGUUAUUUUAAAUACUGCAUUAAAGCAAUUAUUUUAUUAAAAAUAAUAAAUUGUUAACUGUU